CUAAUAUUUUUUUGCUUAUUAGGAUAGCAAAGAACACCAGUACGUGUAGAGUUAAAAACGACGUGUGCCACUUGUAACACUGCCGAUAUGUAAGCAACAUUACACCAGACGACAAUAUCAUUGACUUACCGAGGAUCCUGUAUAUGCUAAUAUUUAUCAGAUUCGUGUAAACACACCUUUAAAGUUAUCGAAUAUCAUUGAUGCCAACAUACAGUUGUUUACUGUUGCAACCGCGCAGAUCAAAAGUAACUAAAUUACACUUAAAAUUUCGAGCACGAGCAUGGCCUCGAUUUUAAGAUCCUCAAAGUUUGUAAGAUAUUUAGCGGGAUUCGCUCGUCACGUUGUCAUAAACGGACCACGAGAAUUCGACCCGAAUUUAGUGAACACCACACAAUGUUUCUGCAGUAUUUUACCGCGAAGUCUUACGAGCCAAGUAACAGCGCAACAUGACCAAAAUUUAGAUCGAAGUUUAAAGCGGCUCGACCAGGAUGUGCGACGGGUCGGUCGAAUAUCGCGACAGGACAUUGAGGACGUCCUGGAAGAAAUUCGUAGCUCGCGUACUGCGACAAGCUCACAAUCGUUACUCGUCAUUCGAUGUUGCGGCAAUCUGGUUCCGGAAGAAAUGCCGGAGGUCAGAACCAAAUUGGUGCAGGAGAUCUGGAAUACGUUGCUUAAGCUCAACGUACCAAUGGACAUCUCCCAUUAUAAUGCGCUGUUAAGGGUCUACCUGGAGAACAGGCACGAAUUUUCACCUGCCGAGUUUCUAAGCGAGUUGGAAGCAAAUAAAAUCGAACCAAACCGAGUUACAUAUCAACGUCUGAUAUCUCGAUAUUGCCAACUUGGAGACAUCGAGGGCGCCACACGAAUUUUGGAGUACAUGCGCGAGAAACAGUUGCCUGUCAACGAGCAUGUGUUUAAUGCGUUAAUUAUGGGUCACUCGCAAGUUGGAGACAUGGAGUCUGCCGAGAGUAUUGUAUCGGUAAUGAUGAAAGCUGGCCUGGAGGCAACCGCCGAUACGUAUACCACGUUAGCUUGCGGCUACGCGAAAAAAGGGGACAUUGACACCAUUAAUAAGUUGUUGGAGAAAUGCGAACAAAGCGAGAUCUAUUUGGUGGACAAAGAUUAUUUAGAUAUAGUCGAGGCGUUGGCGACCAACGGCCAUCUUAAACACAUUCCUGUGAUAUUAGGUAGAGUUAGGAAAGCGUUCGGUUAUAAUCAGGACGCGAUCAAUAUGAUCUAUCGCUUGAUAAAUAACGGACUUGAAGAGGCGGCGCUGAUGGUUUUAGAAACGUUGCCAAGAAUCACCAAGCCCGACGGUGGCUUACAUAAUAGCGGGUCAUUUUUUAUCAAGCAGCUGGUUAAGGCAAAAAGGCCGUUGGAGACAAUUUUAGAGUACUGCAAAAUUUUCGAGGAGAGGAAGCUGCACGAUCGCCCCUUAUUGUUGGCAACGGAAGUAAGUAUACAACAAGGCGACGAAAUUGAGGCGUAUGCGCUGAUGAAGCAGUUACAAAACAGCGGGUACGAGAUUCGUCAACACUUCUUUUGGCCGUUAAUUCUAGCCAAAGCGAAUAGCGAUCCCACCGGCAAUAGCAUAAUCGACGUUCUUCUUAGCAUGGGAAAUUUUAAUAUGACUCCCAGUUCUGAGACAAUUAGAGAGUAUGUCAUUCCGAACAUUAAGGGAAGAAGUAGCGAGGUGUUGGCGAAGUUACGUCAGGCGAAUAUUUCCGUAGGAUCCUCCGCCUGUAACUUGGUAUACUCGCUGCUUCAAAAAGGUGAGAUUGAGGAAGCGUCGAUUAUCAUCAGUCGGGUACCGGCUUACUACCAUCCGGAAAUGAUCAAGAGGCAUUUGACUAACGCAUUUUAUAAAAGUGCGAAUCUCAACGCGUAUGUGACGAUUUUGCAGCAUAUUCGCGAAAAUCUUGAUCGUCGAGAAAUAUUCGUGGAUCACGAAGAUAAGGCGAUGGACGAUAACGAACUCAUUGGACAGUUUGUGUGGGACCUGACGAGUAAUUGGCGGAGUUUUUUGGAUGCGGGAGAGUCCGUGUUGAGCGCCCUCGCGGCGCAAGGGUUAAGUAUUGACAGCGCCACGGCGGAAAAAAUUCAAAAUAAGUUAGGCGAGAAGUUGACGCCCGAAAUUUCGAGUCUUUUGGAUAAGAUGACUUCGGGAGAAUUGACCCCGGUGCCCGUCGUAAAGAAACCUCCCGUGUACACGCCUUCCGAUAAAAUGAAUAUUCCCCAGUUGGAGAGAUUGGUUCAGAAUUUGCAGGCGAAAGGUCAAGAUACUAUGGGACUAAGUAGGCAGCUUCUUACCUUAUACUGUCGAGCCAAAGAGUUGGAGAAGGCUGAAGCGCUGUUGCCAGAGCUUGAUAAGAAAGGGUUCGAGUACACGGCGGGCGCGUACGCGCAACUAAUAGAAUUGUACUCGUAUCACGAGAAUCUCGAUAAAAGUUUGGAGUACUACAACAAAUUGAGGGAGAUGGAUACGAACCUUGCUUUAGAUGAUCUUAAAGUAAUACGAGUGGUCGCUCUACUCAUCAAAAACAACCGUUUCAAUGAAGCGAUCGAUUUAAUUAACGAACAAACCCGAGAUCGCAAAUUAGAAGAGCAACCGUUCCAAUACACCACGCACUGUUGGCGAACUCUGAAUAUGUUGGCCGAACAAGGCAAACCAGAAGAGCUGGAGACAUUAUUUAACAUACUAGUCAAGAAGGAGUUCAUCGAAGUCAACAAUGUCAUGCUGGGACCAUUGGUAAAAGUACACCUGGUCCGAAACGAUUUGGAAAAAGCUCUCGAGAAGUUCGAAUGGUGCUGCAAUCAAUUCCGAGCGACUCCUUGGAAAAACGAACUUGCCUGUAAAUUAAUUCAAAUGGAAGACGCGGACAAGUUGCAGAAACUUACCGAUUUAAGCACGUCAGUUCAUGGUGAAAUAAACAGUUUGUAUGAUCUUGUUUUCACGUUCGUAGAAUGUGGGCGUAUCCGCCAGGCGCGAAAAAUUCUGGAGACUCCGGGUCUACAAACAAGACCGCAACGUAUCAAUAGCGCCUGCCAACGUUUCCAACAGGAAGACAUGGUAAAACCUUUGGAAGGUUUAAAGGACGCCACUAAGGAUUUGAACCACAUUGACCGAUCUGACAUUUACUACCAACUGCUCUUGAGCUACAUCAAGCACGAAGAUACCGACAAGGCUUUAGGCCUCUGGACGCAAAUGCAAGAGGAGGACAUGGCGCCUAAUGACACAUUUUUAAUUACCCUCGGCAACUUUUUAAUCAAGCACAAUAUUAGUGUACCGUUCGCGAUGCCCGAACCUCAACCGGUGCGACCGAGGCAAAUUCAAGUCCUGCAGAGACCCAAGGAGGAAAGACCCACCAACGCACAACUAUUCCGCCAAACUCUGAAGGAGGGAAAUCUAGAGUCCGCGCUCGCGAUGUUGCGCAAUUUACGCGAUCCGCUCUCAGUAACAGACUCGUCGAACCUAAUCGAACAGCUCAUUCUUAAGGACCGCCUCCGAGAAGCCACGGAAAUGACGCUCGAAGUCCUGGAUAGAUCUCUAACUUUAAUCCCGCGCGUUUUUCGCUUUUUACUCAACAACCUGGCGCACAAGGGGGACGUCAACAACUUAGCACUGAUUGGUAACAAAAUUAAUCACGAAACUAAAAAAUUAUUAUCGUUCGACAACCGAAUGUGUCACGCCAAUCUCAUGGCGGGAAAGGCGGAGGAAUACCUUAAUAAACUCGAUCGCGAAAUCACCAACGUGAAGGAGGGCGAAAUCGUGAUCUUGGCGGAGAAGUUUCCCAGAGGCGGCGUGCUUGGCAUUAUGGAGAAACAUCCGGAGCUCAUCGACAAAUAUGAGGCUAUAGCACUUAAGUACGCCCAGCGCGGAAUCGUAGCUCCCCUAAACGUUCUGUGGUCGUACUACUUCGUCGAGGGUCACUCCGAGAAAGCGAAGACCAUCUGGGACACGUAUUUGCACAACACGCCUCGGUUAAUGUUUCAAAGAGUCAUUCAGAAGGCGCGCGAAAGGUCAGACGAGAACAUUGUUAGAACUCUAAUUGACCAAUUGAAGGGUAGCGUAGUGACGCCGGGCGCUCUCGGGAAUGCGUACAGUUGCUUAUUGGAUAUUCUAGUAUUAAAAAAUAAAAAUGAGGAAGUAGUCGAGACGUUUGACAGAAUCGCGAACGAAGUUCAAUUAGAGUAUAUUAAUCGUACCGCUUUAAAUAGAGUUAAGAACGUAUAUUUACAAAUGAAUAAACCCUUCAAUUACGAAAUUCCAGUAAGGAAUAGUCAGACGAAUGCAACGUCGCAUAGUUCCGAUGAUGAUGUAGCGUCACCAAAGUAGUGUAAUUUAAACUAAGUGUAUUUGUUUGUUUUUUUCUUAUAAAAUUAUCUUUAUCUGUC